AACACCUUUUAUGCACAGUUCAUGAACCGUAAAAAUAUCUUAACAUUUACCGGUUUUGAAACGGGUAAACUCUAUUUUUUUGACAUUCGUUUGUUUGUAUUUUUUGACAGUUGCAAACAAAUAUACGUUUCGGGGGACGAGUUUUUCGAUUUAUGAUGAAGUACUUACAUACUUGGAACUCCGUUAUGUUUAGCAUCUUUGGGAUAUUUUGAGAAACCCGAUUUGAUAGAUCGGCAGCAAGUUGUGUUUCUAUAGCAUCCCAGUGUUUCUGUCUUCAUCGAGAUGGGUGAACCAUAUUUCAACCUCAAACUAAAGCUUGAAGAGCUUGGUUAUAAUAAUACUUUACCCAUUGAUGCUGUUCCAUUAGUAGAAUGUAUACUCGCAGACCUGCUACAAACCACACGAAGCUUACAACACUAUAUGAAUUUGUCCAAAGAUGCGCUCAAGCAGCGGGAUGUCUUGAUGCUGGAAGCCGAACCUUAUAAGUGUGAGAAUGCUAAGCUAAUACAAGAAAACAGCCACCUUCACAGAGAACUAAUAGAAGCGAGGGAAGAAUAUGAAAGACUUACUAGAGAAACUAAGAGGAAGAUAAAAUCAAUGACUGAAGAGAUAAUGAAGAAAGAUGCCUUAAUUACAAAGUUGCAGCAUGAUCUGAGAGACAUGAGCCUUAGAGGACUGUGUGCAGACACUCAAAGUAGUCGUAAUAAAAGCAAAAAGAAGGAAGUAGAGGUAAUUAAUAAAGCUUGUAUGUGCAAUGAAUCUAAAAAUUAUAGCCAAGAUACAAUAGAAAUCACAAGAAAAAUGUCUGCAUUAGAGCAUCAAAAUGAAGAGUAUUCUGAUGAAAUUGCACUUCUAAAAAGCCAAAUUGAACACAGAGAUAAUGAGAUUAUUAGGUUGAAUAUCUUGUUAGAAGGUGGAAGACCUAUUACUGCUAUUAAUAAAGAUUGUUGCAAGUUAAACACUGAUGCUAAAAUUGAAGAACUUAAGAAACAGUUAACAGAAGUAGAAAGUUCUAAUGACUUGCUAAAAAAAGAACUUGAUAGUGGUCUAGAAAAGCAACAUGAAGCAAUGCUAAGAGCUCUAAAUCUUGCAGACAAAAAUAAAUGUUUACAAGAAGAGUUGCGAAAAGUAGAUGCACUAGCAUUAAAAGUGGAAGAGGACUGCAAUAAAAGGUUAUCAGCAAUGAUGAAUGAUAUUAAUCUUUUGCAAGCCAGAAUUGAAAAUCUUAGUUUAAAAAAUUCUCAAUUAGAAAGAGAACUAUCAAGAAGGAAGAUGACAUCACCUGUGCAUAAUGGUCAGCGAUAUCAAGAAUCCUUAACAAGAGUGAUGAUAGAAAAAGAGGCAUUACAGAAGGAGAUAAAAGAUUUAGUGGAGUUAAACAAGAAUUUACAAGACAAAAUUGAGAUAUUUUCACAAGAUAACACAGAAUUGAAAAAUAAAAUUAUCAGUGAGUGUCAAAACAUUAAAGAAUCUAAACAAUGCCCCACAAAAGCUGAAUUACAUUCAUUGCUUGAGGAAGAGAGAAAGAAGUAUGAACUGCAUAUUAUAGACAUUCAAACACAAUUAACUGAAACCAUGCAUAAUUUCAAUAAACAUUUGUCCAAGUGCAAAGAUAGAGAUGUUAGUCCUAAACGUCGGAUAAAUGCUUCUCAUGAUAAUGAAAAUGCUUUUGUCAAACAUUUGCAUAAAAAAUUAUGUGAUUGUGAACAGAAAAUCCUUACACUUAAAAAAGAAAAUGAUGAAUUAAAAUCAAAGACAUUCACUGAAACGGAAGGAAAUAAGCAAAAUUACAAAGAUAUUAUAAGUCAACUAAAUGCUGAAAAUGCAGAAUUAUCAAAGGAAAACAUAUCUUUAAGUCAAAGAUUAAGCCAUUAUAAAAACACUGAAAAGUGUGGUGAAGUGUCUGAUAAUCAUUUCAGAAGGGAAGUAUCAAAACUUCAAGAUCAAAUAGAAAGCCUAACUCACGAAAUACAAAUACUAAGAAAAGAUAAGCAAGAAUAUAAUUUGAGAUACAAAGACGCUCUUGAGAUGACAGACAAGUUGAAGAGAGAUCUAGCAUGUAAACAGAAAGAAAUUGAGAGAUUAGAAGAAGAAAAUUGUUCAUAUAAAAUGUCAACAAGAACUGGAAAAGCGUCAGCAGACCACCUCAGAGAUGAGUGUCACUUUUUAAGGGAGCAGAUAAAGAGAAUGCAAAGUGACGUUAUUAAAGAAAAGACAUUAGCUAGCCAAAUUAAAAAUAUACAAUUAGAAACGGAAAGAAGCAGCAAUGAAAUUCAAAAUGAGUUAUUAUGUACUCAAAAGAAACUUACCUUAUCCACAGAUAAAAUUGAAGCUUUAGAAAGGAAAUGCAAAGAAUUGCAAUCAGAAAUAUCAACAUUGAAAAAUGAUAAAUCUAAUUUAAUUGAUAACAUUAAGAAAGUUGACCAAGAGCGUGAUAAGUUAAUUAUAGAACUUGAUCAUAAAACUGAAAACAUGUGUGUUCUUGAACAAAAAAUGAAAUCUCAAGCCUAUGAAAUAAAUAGACUGGAAAGUGAAGUAUCUGAACUACAACGAAAACUUAAUGUGCAUAAAGUUUCUGAACAUAAAAUAGUAGAUAAUGAGGCGCAAAUAACUUUCUUAAAUGGUGAAAUUUCGAGAUUACAGCAAAAACUGGAUGGUGCAAUUAUAGAAAACAAACACUUACAGAACAGCUUGGCUGAUGCCAAUGGCAAUUUAAAAAUAAUUAAGAUUGAAUAUGAAAAGUCCAGGAAAGAAGUUGAUGGACUGAAACAGCAACUACAACAUUAUGUAGCUGAAAUUAGGCGAAUUGAGGAAAUGUUAUCACAUAAAGAAGCUGAAAGGUCUGACAUGUUAGAGCAAUUUGCUAGUCUUUCAGUAGAAGCGAAUAUAUUGGAAAAUACUAACCAUUCUCUAGAAAGUGAAUCAGCCUCAAAAUCUCUUCAAUUGCAAACAUAUAUCAAUAAAAUAGAAAAUUUGGAAUCAAAACUACUAGAUAAGGAUAAUAUUAUUGACAGUCAAUCAACACGUAUUGCAGCACUUACAUGUAAAGUAACAUCACUAGAGAAUGAAAUCAAAUUAAUUACUGAAGAAAAGACAAUCCUUGAACAGAAUGUAUCAUAUCUGAAACAAAUGUGUAAUAAUUUACAUUCAGAACAUGCCAGCAUGACUACUGGAAUGUGUGAAACAGAUUCAGAACUAAAACUGUAUGAGAAUAAAAUAAAAAGUCUGACCAAAGCUAAAUCAAGGAUAGAGGUUGAAAAAAAUGAGUUGAGAGAAAGUUUAAAAACAACUGAAAAGUUGUUGUCCAAUGCUAGAAAUGAAAUUGUAGAGUUAAAACUUGCUUUACAAGAUGCUACUGAUGAAACUAAGUCACUGCAAGAGCGUCUCGGAAGAUUGAGCAGAAGGGAAGAAACGGAAUUGCAUACAACUUUGACAAAGGAGGAGCUUGAACUACCUCUCAUGUUGGAAGAAACCAUUCAUGAAGUCAGCCAUGAGGAAGAUGAAGAUAGCUUGAGAUAUCAUGAAGUUAGAAAAAGAUUCUCUAAGUACACACAUGGCAGUACUUUGUAAAAUCAUUGCCCCAUUAAUGUGUUCAAUAUGUAUACAAUAUUUUACAGGUAUACUUUUACAUGUUAUAUUAUUAUAUUUUAGAUAAUUGUUGUAAUAUGAUUAUAGUUUAAUGCACUGGUGCAAGUUUUAAAUGUGUUUCUUAAACAUAAAAAUGUGGUGACAACAUUUUGUUAAAAAUAACAAAUGGAUCUUGAACUUUUAAUGGAUCUAUCUGCAUUAUUAUAUUGUCUGUAACUUAAAAAGAUAAUUAAAGAUGUGAUAACAACUUUA